AUGCAAACUCCAACUCUCAUCACCCUUACACUUUCCCUUCUCGCUCUCUCGGUAUCAGCCACUCCACCCGCUUGUCUCCUCGCGGCCGUCAAUGAACAAGCUACACCCUCUGAUUUGAAAGCUCUUUGCGGAACGUUGGAAAAUGCGGUUGUGGGAAAUAUUACAGAGAAAUGUGUAAAGGAAACUUAUGAGGAGGCUGUGAGCUCUUAUAAGAGUACUUGUCUUGAGAAAGCGGGGGUUACAAUUACAAUUACAUCAUCAUCAUCUUCCUCCUCCUCCUCCUCCUCCGCCUCAGCCACAGCUACUGGCAAAACAACAGCAUCCAGCUCAGCUACCGCAACCGCAAGUGGAAGCGGAGCAAAAACUACUAGUAGCGGAAGUGCAACUGGUACGAGUGGAUCGACAGCUAGUGCAACAGGAAGUGCUGCUGCUGCAACUGUCACCGCUGCUGGAAAUGCUGCUGGAGCUUUAGCUGUUCCUGGAUUUUUAGGUGUCGUUGGAUUAGUUGGUGCUUUUUUGUUCUAG